AUGGUCCUGGCCACCGGCACAUGGAAUGGUGCUUCUAUCCAGCGUGCAUCCCAUCCCGACGAGACCAUCUGUUCAACCCUACCAUCACGAUGCGCCACCCCAGCCUCAUCCAAUGCCGACUUUGCUUUUUCUUGCUUGGCCCUGGUGUUCCCAACCAUUGAGUUCCCGGGAGUCCACGACUUUGGCUGGGUGCUGAUUCGCCGCUCUGGCCGCACGGUCACUGUCGUCGAGAUUUGCCUUUGA